AGCCCAUUUCCUAACCCAAACUAGGGUUUCAUAUAAAACCCUCUCUAUUCCCUCCGCUCUCUCACUCUUCUUAUUUCUUCUCUGUCCACAACGGAAGAGCGAAGGCAGGGUAGAAGGAGAAGCGGCAGCGAUGGUGCACGUUAACUUCUACCGCAAUUAUGGUAAGACAUUCAAGAAGCCGCGCCGGCCGUACGAGAAGGAGCGGCUGGACGCGGAGCUGAAGCUGGUGGGAGAGUACGGGCUGCGGUGCAAGCGCGAGCUGUGGCGGGUGCAGUACGCGCUGAGCCGCAUCAGGAACGCGGCGCGGGAGCUACUGACGUUGGAUGAGAAGAACCCGCGGCGGAUCUUCGAGGGUGAGGCGCUGCUGCGGCGCAUGAACCGUUACGGACUGCUCGACGAGAGCCAGAACAAGCUCGACUAUGUUCUUGCUCUGACCGUCGAGAAUUUCCUUGAGCGCAGGCUGCAGACACUCGUCUUCAAGUCCGGCAUGGCCAAGUCCAUCCACCACGCCCGUGUCCUCAUCAGGCAGAGGCAUAUCAGGGUUGGUAGGCAGGUCGUCAACAUUCCUUCUUUCAUGGUGCGGGUAGAUUCACAAAAGCACAUUGAUUUCUCACUUACUAGCCCUCUGGGAGGAGGACGCCCUGGAAGGGUGAAGAGAAGGAAUCAGAAAGCUGCUGCUAAGAAAGCUUCUGGUGGAGAUGGUGAUGAGGAAGACGAGGAUUGAGCACCCUUACCUCAUUUUGGUCAUGGUAGGAGACUUUUUGAUUGUCUUGUGGCAUUCUACAGAGGAACCGUUGCUUGUCUUUUUGUCUUCUUGAUGAUCUGGACAAAUGAUUUUUCUUUUUAUUUUUGAUGCAAAUGGUACAAGGUGGUUUAUGAAGUUCUAAGUUUUGAGUUUGAUAGGUGAAUGCGUUCCUUCUUUUGGAUUA